UGGGCCUAUGUUGUAUACAAGUUGAAAGAAAGUAUAAGUGAAAAUGAACAGGGGCUUGAUGCAAGACUCUAAGACUAGCAUUCUCUAGCACAGACAGUAAGAUCUUGGGGAGGCUGAUAUUAAAGGCAGCAUCAGAUCUAGCAAGUGGCAUUCAGCAUCAUCUCCAUCAUGAUUUUGACAAAAAUUGUUUCAAUUUUAGAUUAUAAAAUAUCUAUCAUUUACUAGUUAAUGACAUGACCUUGAAGGUGAAGUGAAUUACACCUCUUUUGACAUUCUUCAAAUAGUUUACGAUGCAAAUAAUAUACAUUUACUAAAUAUCAAUAUCUAGGUCAAUAUCAAAUCACCAAGGCAUGGGGUAAGUUCCAAUUUACAAUUUAAGCACAGGACAAGUAUUACAUCUCAAAAGCACAGGACAAAUACCACAUCACAAAAGCAUAGGACAAGUACCACAUCACAAAACCACAGGACAAGUACCACAUCUCAAAAGCACAGGACAAGUACCACAUCUCAAAAGCACAGGACAAGUACCACAUCACAAAAGCACAGGACAAGUACCACAUCUCAAAAGCACAGGACAAGUACCAUAUCACAAAAGCACAGGACAGGUACCACAUCUCAAAAGCACAGGACAGGCACCACAUCACAAAAGCACAGGACAGGUACCACAUCACAAAAGCACAGGACAGGUACCACAUCACAAAAGCACAGGACAGGUACCACAUCUCAAAAGCACAUGACAAAGUACCACAUCUCAAAAGCACAGGACAAGUACCACAUCUCAAAAGCACAGGACAAGUACCACAUCACAAAAGCACAGGACAGGUACCACAUCUCAAAAGCACAGGACAAGUACCACAUCUCAAAAGCACAGGACAAGUACCACAUCUCAAAAGCACAGGACAAGUACCACAUCUCAAAAGCCCAGGACAAGUACCACAUCACAAAAGCACAGGACAGGUACCACAUCUCAAAAACACAGGACAAGUACCACAUCUCAAAAGCCCAGGACAAGUACCACAUCACAAAAGCACAGAACAGGUACCACAUCUCAAAAGCACAGGACAAGUACCACAUUUCAAAAGCACAGGACAAGUACCACAUCUCAAAAGCACAGGACAAGUACCACAUCACAAAAGCACAGGACAAGUACCACAUCUCAAAAGCACAGGACAAGUACCACAUCACAAAAGCACAGGACAGGUACCACAUCUCAAAAGCACAGGACAAGUACCACAUCUCAAAAGCACAGGACAAGUACCACAUCUCAAAAGCACAGGACAAGUACACAAAAGCACAGGACAAUUACCACAUCUCAAAAGCACAGAACAAGUACCAAAUCACAAAAUUACAGGGCAAAUACCAAAUCACCAAUACCAAAUCAUAA